GUGUUUGAAUCCAAAUAUGUUUUGUUAGAUUUCACUUUAAAAAAACGGUUUUACUGAAGGUUACGCUUGCGAGGGUAUCCGUUAUUGUUAUUAUUUUACAAAAAGACUUGAAGUGAAAAGUUUCACUUUCGUAAAUGAAAGUAUAGGCAGUAGUGAAAAAAAGAAAGAAGUUUUCUGUUGUUCCAUUCAUUUGUGUUUUCUGAAAAUGGAUGCAUUUACCGAGAACAUUCUCGUAAGAGCUAGGGAAAGGCAGAAAAUGCUUGAAGGGUUUACAGGUGCUGAAAAAGUGCCAUCAAUUGAAAUUUCCUCAAACAUAUCACAAAGUAAGGUGUUAGAAAUUCCCCAGGUUCACAAAGAAUCUUUGUCAGAAUCGAAUCACCUUAGAAGUUAUGAUUCCCCACUAAGGGAAAGCCAAUCUGAAAAUAACUCUACAAGGUUUUCAAGACAAAAUUCGAAAACUAGAGUAUCAUCUGACAUGCCGGGUUCCCCUAGGAGCCAACUAAAGACAUUAAAUAUACAACAGGAUAACUUCAAUAUGGAAAUAAAAGUUUCCUCAACAGAAAAUGUUAGAGUGGAAGUUGAAAUAGCUGAAGCGGGAGAUACAAUAGAUAAUGCUGACCAUAAAAGUGAAAGUGGAUUGAGAGAUGAAUCAAAAAGUAAACUGAAGCGUUUAGGAAAGCUGUAUUCAGGUGGAGAUGAAAUAGAUAUAUCUUCCCCUAUUCAUAAAACAGAAGCUAAGUUCAGUGUUACUGAAGACUCAAAUCUUGGGGAAGAUGAAGAGAGUAAAAACAAGCCCCGAAAAUUCAGAAAGGGACUGAGUAAGUUGGCCAGUUUAGCAGAGACAAUAAAUCAGUGGGAGGACGAGAUCAGUCCUGUUCAUAAAGUUAAAAAUAAAAGUGCAUCUCCCAAAAAAACUUGGAAACCUCCUGCUCCACAACCUCCCCCACCUAUCAAAACAGAUAAUUGUUUAAUUAUAAAUAAAACAGAGGAAACAAAAAAAACAAAUUCAAGACAAAAUAUUGACAACAAUGGUACCAUUCAUGUAGCUGAAGCUAUUCCCAAAAAACUGAAGUGGGAUCCAAAAGUCCUGGAUACAUUGGAAUCACAAGGUUUUUCUAGAACUGAUUCCUGUUCUCGGUUAGUUUAUGCCUAUAAUUCACCAAACCAAAAUAUUGAAGUUAAGACGGCACAGAAAAUGUCCGUUGAAAAGGAACAUUCGAAUUUGAUCCACGAAGAAGAUGAGAUAACUGAGAAUGACACAAAUUCAGUACAGAGUGCAUCAGUAAAAAAUACUGAUAAAAACAAUAUUGAAAAUUCCGAAAAUUUGUGUCCAUCAAAAAUAAGUAAAGUCAAUAAAGUAACAAACAAUGGUAAAGACAGUGCAGAUGAUAAACCAAUGAAAUUUUCACCAAAAAUCAACUUGAGAUCUGGUAACAUUGCUAAUAGAGCAGCAGCCUUUGAAUCUAGUCCUACUAAAAGUGUAAAAGAUCCUGCUCUACUAUCUGUAUCGGAACGAAAAGCCUUAUUUGAAAAGAACAGGGGAGAGGCAUUGUUACCAAAAGCAGCAUUUGGCAUGUCUCAUCCCUGGAAGAUUGAAGCAAAGACAAAUCCUACAAAUUCAAAGAUUACUUCAGAUAACAAUUGGCUACCCUCUCUUGGAGAAUCAUGUAUUAAGACAGAAUCACCAAAACGUAUUGAACAGAGUCCACCAAAAACUGUUAGAAAGCCAUCACCAAAAGCGCCUACUAAAAGGAAUUCUCCCACCAUUGCAGUUGUUCACCAAGCAGGAGGAAUAGCCAGUAAAAUGGCAGCUUUACUGGAAAAUAAGUCCACUAUUUCCCAGGAGCAGAUCGAAAAGAGUAUUAGGUCAGAACGCCAAAAAGAGAUGAAUAUGCUUCUCAACCGUUUUGAUGCCAGGAAAGAGGUAGCAAAUGAAAUCAGAGAAGAACCAGAUGAAGAAAUAACAGAAACAACUGCUAUGAUUAUUGAAAAGCCUUCAGUAGUUGUCAAUUCCAAUAAUGGCAGAAGAUCAGGAGAUAAAAGGAAAAGUAGUGGAAAGCCUUACAGUAAGGAAGAUAGUCCUAAAGUAGUUGCUGUUUUGGAUGAUUAUAAAAGAAUCAGGAUAUCACCUCCAAAACCAGCAAGAUUAUAUCCCAAUUUAUCUGACAUUGAGGCAAGCACUGAAACUGAAACAGAUGCCAACUUUAGAAGUAAUUCACCCGACGAUAAUACCAGCUGUGAGGAAAAUACUGAAUCAGAUGAUCCUAAUACAAGUUUUGGUCGUGACAUAUUAGAAGCAGUAUGUAAGAAUCAAACACCCCAAAAAAGACCGAUAUACGAUGAAAGUACUGCCAGUGACGUUUCUAGUAUUUUGGAUGACAUGGACAACUACCUUGAAGAAUUUAACAACGAGGAAGAUACCAGUGCAGGUCCUACUCCUCCAAAGCAAGUAAAGCAGGUGUCACCUAAAUUACAGAAAGCAACUCAACCUUCAAACUCCUUCAACUACAAGAAUUUCUCUCCAAGUGUUAAGGAGAUGCCAAAAAACCAGUUCCAAUCUCCAAUAAUUAAAAUUUCUCCUCAACCCACUUCGGAUUUACCAGAAUAUGUUUUGGAAGGAAAUAAUGUUCUACCAUUGACUCACACAGUUAGUAUUUAUAGAAGACAACAGACCCAGGUUCAGUCCCCUAUGCGACAGGUAUCCAGACAGCCUAUAUUAGAAGAAAGUGAGUCUGGAAAAUUUGAUAAAAAUGAAAGUGAAGUGGUGAAUAAAAAAAUUGAAGAACUCCAAGAAGAAGUUAACAAACAACAAAAUAUUAUAUCACAAACAAGCCAGGCUUUGAAUCUGUGUAGUUGUACUCCUGAAUUUUCUGGUUCAACUGAACAAGUGGAGGCUGAAAGAGUACUUUUGGUAGCAACUCACAGAAGACAAGCUGCAAUCCAUGAACUUCAGAGAUUAAAAGUUGAGAGAACCAUUAGGCCUCAAGGACAGCAUGCCAAUAAUGUUCCUUUGGAGAAAGGAACUCUAACCAUUUCUGACAUUAUUCUUCCCUUGAAACACAAAUAUGUUAAAGCUCUGGCAGCUGGUAAGUGUACUGGAUUGGGUGGAAGAACAAGCAGAUGUCAUCAAGUUGUUUGUCUCACAAAAGAUAGUGAUAGAAUCUUUAGUAUAAAACUGUUAUUNACUGUAGUUCACAACACAAAAAAUCCUGAUACAGAUCUGAGAAUACCUGGAGAUGUUGUUUUGAACAACAUUUACAGUGAUUUCACUGUAACUUUUGAAGUAUACUGUCUCCAGGCCCAAGAAGAGUUUCUCCCUCAUGAAGUGAAAUACCACAUAAACAAAAAGUCUGGUAACAAAUUAGUAACCCCAAAAAAAUCAAAACAAGAAUCCCGAAUGAUAAUGCCCAUUAGAGAGUCUCCUGCUGGCCCGCAUGCUGUAAGAACGUCUUCGUUUGCUGUUAUGGGAUACAUAGUAUUCUCAGUUCAAGCUGUGAAUAAGAAAAUUUGGAGUUUAAAUAAUACCCCGUCUAUGAGUCCUCUAGAUGGCACUGUACAAAUGCGUAUUUGCUGUGAGUUAGCUGUUUCUGUAGAACAUCGUGGAUUUUUAACGAUGUUUGAAGAUGUAGCAGGAUUCGGAGCUUGGCAUAGAAGGUGGGUUGUAUUGAAAGGAGACACUUUCAGUUAUUGGAAGUAUCCAGAUGAUGAAAAGAAGAUGGCACCCAUAGAUACAAUUGACUUGAAAAAUUGUAUAACACAAAAAGUAGGCCCAGUCAGUAGAGACAUAUGUGCCAGGCUACAUACUUUCCUUAUAGAAAGAGAAAGGGUAGCUAGACCAAAGGAUAAGGAUAGCCUGGUUACAAUAUGCAAAGGAGAUAAAACUAUUAUCAGACAUCUGUUGUCAGCUGAUACCAAAGAUGACAGAAUACAGUGGUGCGAUAAGUUCAACGCCGCCUUAACAGCCUUAAGGAUGUGGGGAAGCUCUCGGCAAUAAUUAUUUUAUGUUUCAUAUUCAGUAUAGUUAAAAUAUUAACUAACUUAUAGUUUUAUAUUAAAAACAUUUAUACUUUUACAAUUUUAUAUUAGAUUCAUUAAGUAAUAUAUUUACAUGAGUUUACAGUAAAC